AUGAGCGUAGCAGUUGUGAACAGCUCCACCGUAACAGAGUUCGUAAAGGACACGGCUAAGUUUGAUGGUUUCGUGAAUGAAUGGUUUGCAAUGAUAGACAAGAAUGGCGAUGGAAAGCUUUCGCGUGACGAAAUCCGUGGUGGGUUUGGGAUGUUUUUGGCCUUAGAUUCUGAAUCACAGCCACAAGAAGAGAUGUUCAAGAGGUUUGAUGAAGAUGGAAAUGGCGCACUCGAUCUCAAAGAGUUCAAGUCCUUAAUGACUGAGAUUAUGCAUGCAGUUGCUCGUGGCAUUGGUGGCUCUCCCAUCAUUGUCGUUCUUGGCAAAGAUAGCUUACUCAUCAAGGCUGUUCAACAUGAAUUGGCAACGCGCUCAUCUCCUUCUUGA